AUGGAGCCCAUGUCUCGGUUCGGUGGUGGAUGUGCUGUUUGGCCGACCCGUUGCGGCGCCCGCUCUGGCACUUCAUCUCCAUGUGCCACGAAAUGCGAGGAGAACGGAAGACUGUGGAGGAAGGCGGGCGUGGAGGUGAUGGGAUGCUUGCUGGUGAUGCUGCCCUGCUGCGCUCCUGGGUUGCUGCUUGGUGAGGCUGCAAUCCACUCGCUGCAUCAUGCUGGAUGCUUGCUUUGGCAGCGGGCAGAUGCAGGAGACAGUCUCGGGACAUUCCAGCAGUGGGAUGGAUCCAUGGCCAUGGAUAUUCUCAUCGUAUGGUAA